GGUGAAGCCAAUUCCUGAAUUUUUAAAACGGAAAUGUCUGUAAAACUAUCUCUGUUUGUUAUAUUGGCUUUAUUUUCGAUUGUGUCUGCACGAGUAAUUCGUCAGGCCCCAGAUGAGAAUAAGGUUUUCUCUGAUGCUGUUCAAUCAAUUGGAACACAAUUUAGCAGUUUGCAAGAGGCAAUCUUCAAAGCUUAUGGUGUGAAAAAUGAAGAGGAAUUCAAUAACAAAAUAAAAGCUCAAGGACAUGAUAUAGCUACUGCAUUCGAUGGCAACGUAGCGGAAGCCAAUAAACAGUUUGACGAAUUUAAGAAUAGUGAUGCUUUUAAGAAUUUCAUAACAAAGGCUGAGGAAAUUGCUACAGAGUUCACAAACAGUUUCAAAAAAAAUAAUUAAUUACUGAUUUUGAUGUAUGAAAUUAUAAUAAAAUAUA